AUGUUAUAUUCCACCAAUGUCAUUGCACAAUUCUGCCUGCUCAACCAAAUCCUUGGUUCUAGAGAUUUUACUUAUGGCUUUACUCUUCUUAGAGAUAUUGUUAAUGAAAUAGAGUGGGAGAAGACAGGAAUGUUUCCUCGUGUUACACUUUGCGACUUUGAGGUUCGAGUGCUUGGCAACAUUCACAGACAUACCGUCCAAUGCGUGUUGAUGAUAAAUAUGUUCAACGAGAAGAUUUUCCUCUUUCUGUGGUUUUGGUUCCUAACUGUCGGUUCGAUUACAAGCAUCUCGUUCAUUCGAAAAUAUCUUCGCGUCCUUAGUGAGCAUCCAUUAAAACCUAUGGCUGACGAUGUUUCAUUACGCAAAUUCGCCAAUAAUUUUCUCCGUAAAGACGGAGUUUUCAUGUUACGAAUAAUUUCAACGCAUGCUGGUGAGCUUAUGACAUCUGAACUGAUACUUGCGCUUUGGAACGACUUCAACAACAUCGGCGAGUGGAUGGAACAUUGA